UGGAUGAAGGUUACUGUAUUCGGGAAGCGUUACUAACAGGAUGGCGACUGGCGAAAGAGCAGCGCUGAUCUGGUUGUGCCUUUCCUUUCUUCUGUACGGUUCAGUACAGGGAGCCAAUAGAGACGUUCAACAGCCUUGCCUGACAAACAUAAAAUGCCCAACCCGGAUCUCUGAUGAAGGCGAUGUGAUAGAGUACGUACUGAAAGAGGCUCCGAAAGAACUACAGACUCUGUUCAGCCUCUUAGAUAAGAGGACCGUCUUCCAUCACGUUUGCAGAGAACCAGCAUGUCUCUGCAAUCCUUGCUUCAAUGGAGGGUCAUGCCAUGAAACGUUUGAAGGAUUUACCUGUUCCUGUCCAGACGGAUAUAUCGGCAACAGUUGCGAAACAUUUUCUAUGAUCCUAUCUGUAAGUGUCCAUGGAACUGAUCAUGGCACCAGCGAAGGGAGAGUGGGCUUCACCAGCCACGGUUCUCCUUCCCAAGUUAAACUGUUUACAAAUGAGGCCUGGUCCAUGAAUACGUCCCAUCUGGUCUGCCAGCACCUUGGGUAUAGUCGGGGAGCCUAUGCUACAUUGAGCGGCAAUGUGUACAACACUACUGAUUCCAACUCUAGUCUAGAGUACGGUGAUAUACGGUGUGGUCAGGAUGCGAGGAACAUAUCAGAAUGCUGGUACGAAUCCAGACCAAGGGAUGGUGUAAUCAGUGAUAUGAUCAUUGCAGUGGUUUGCUGUACAUCUCCUGUAUGCGGACCUGAAGGGGAGCCUCUGGGGAUUAGUUCCGGCAUUAUUCCCGAUUCGGCCAUUACUAAAUCAAGUUGUGAUGCAUCGCUUGAUUGUGACAGCACAGCCGGGCGCCUACACUCCAACGCGACCUGGAUACCGGCUGCAAACGACUAUGCUAGCCCUUGGAUUCAGAUCCAUUUGGAAUCCUUGCACUUGGUCACCGGGGUUGUCACCCAGAGUCACCAUUCCUUGGAUGACAGUACGACUUCGUAUACAAUAUCAUUCCGUUUGGAUACCGACACCUGGAUAUCCUACAGGGAUGUUUACACGUAUUCUAAUUCUACGGUAUUUCAAGGGAAUUUCAGACGUACGACCCCUGUUGAGCAUUCCUUUCAUCCUCCGUUGAUGGCGCGCUUCAUUAGACUUCACCCUCGUACUUACGUUGGGUCACCAAGUCUCCGUUUUGACCUUAUAGGUUAUGGACCACUUGCUGAUUACAUAGGUGAUAUCUACGAGCCGAAUUGAGAUGUGCUCCACCCUUGGGAAAGAAAUUAGGAGUGGCAAAUAGUAGCAUCAUCCCCGAUAGCUCAUUUUCUUCAACCCAUGUCUAUGGAGAUGGAGUUAAGGCUUACCAGGCACGUCUUUUUGGAAAUUCUGCUUGGGGGCCCGCUUCACGCACAUCAUCCUGGUGGAAGGUUAACCUCGGCACAGUGUAUCAGGUGACAGGGGUCAUGACCCAGGGUAGACCACCCCUACCUGAAUACGGCGAUCUCCAUCAAUGGACAACAUCCUACACGCUGUCACUCGCAAUCGAUAGUGUAACGUGGGUCGGUGUUUCAGAAGAGCAUUGUGGAUUCUUGAAGGAAUUUCCCGCCAAUUUUGACGGGGGUACGCCGGUGACCAAUUUACUUCCAAGCCCACUUUCUGCACAAUACGUCAAGAUCUACCCCAUAGCCUAUCACGGUUAUCCCCAUUUGAGAUGUGAAAUAUUGGGGUUCUAGCGCGGAAUGGUCAUAUAAUUUCAUUGUAGAAGAAACUGUUCAGAAGCCGGGAUGGACGGCCAUGUAGAGGUCCGAGUUUGGGGAAUAUUUCGCUCGGGCUAUUAAGAGAUGACUUUGAAUAUGUGUAUGUAUAAUGUAAAAAGACUAUUAAUUGUAUCAUACGCACAAAUUAUGGGAGCUGACACGCGCAAGAUUUGACGCACGCUGACGAUGGUCUAGUACUUAAUUUAUACUGGAAAUCUCGCUCGAUAUGCCUAGCUUUUCUGAGAUUCCAUUUUUUGUAUAUAAAAUAUUUGUCUUAUUCUCAAACUUUAAGGAAAGGUUGAGUUCUGGGGAGAGGUGAAAUACAAUUUCUUAGCGUUAACAUUAUCUUAUUCUCAAACUUAAAUGUACUCUGUAAACUUAUUUUGUUUCGUAGAUACUUAUCAGUAUUCGUUACUUGUGUAAUUCAUUUGUUAUAAUGUAUGUUGUAAAACUGUAUGGUUUAUAUAAGUACGUUAUUUGAAUUUUAGAUAAAUGAGUGGAAAAAAA